UAACCUAUCUGUUUAACCGUGUUCAUCGUGGCACGUGUAUGUUUGAAUAUAUUGUCAUUCUAGAAAAAUUAUAAUUGUGAAGUAAUUAUUUGUGCAACUAGUGAAGAUGGCGAAGUUUCACAAAAAACAAAGCAAACGGAUGCCAGCACGAAAAAGAUAUAAAAUUGAGAAAAAAGUCCGCGCGCAUAAUCGGAAAAUGAAAAAGCAGGCAAAGGAGCAAUCCAAAAAAAAGAAACCCAAGAUGAUACAAGUACCAAACGAAUGUCCGUUCAAAGAAGAUAUAUUGAACGAAAUAGAGGCAAUGAGGAAACACAAGGAGGAGGAAAAACGUAAGCAGAAAGAGGCCGCACGAGAAAGAAAACGUGAGGAACUGGCCAAAGGUGGUCUCGAAGGAUUGGUUAAUGAAGCUACAAAUAAGCAGUCAACUUAUAAGCCAAUGGAAGUGGACUCUGCUCAAACUAAAAAUACUGCUACUAAAGAAGAAAAUUCAUUGAAGACAUAUUUUAAAGAAUUCAAAAAGGUCCUUGAUGCAGCUGACGUCAUUCUCGAGAUUGUUGAUGCUCGUGAUCCAUUGGGAACGCGGUGUAAAGAGGUAGAGGAAGCAGUCAGAUCUGCAAAGGGAGAUAAGAGAUUGGUACUAGUGUUGAACAAAGCGGAUCUAGUGCCCCGAGAAAAUUUAGACCAAUGGUUAAAAUAUCUGAGGGCCAGUUUACCAGCUGUCGCAUUUAAAUCGUCUACGCAGAGCCAAGCAAGGCGAUUAGGUAGACGGAAGCUAGGAAAAAGAACAGAGUCCAUGAUACAAAGCAACACUUGCUUCGGUGCCGAAUUGGUCUUGUCGUUGCUGGGAAAUUAUUGUAGGAAUAGCAGUAAGAUAAAGACGAGUAUUACAGUGGGAGUCGUGGGCCUUCCAAACGUAGGAAAAUCUAGCGUUAUUAAUUCUUUAAAACGCAGUAAGGCGUGCAACGUGGGAAACGUACCAGGAGUAACGAAAACGAUGCAACCUGUUCAGUUAGACUCGAAAAUAAAAUUGUUAGAUUCUCCCGGUAUAGUGUUUGCCAGUUCGAACGAGUCCGAUGAGACGUCUGUAACCCUGAAAAACGCAGUGAGAAUUGAAUCGCUCAAAGAUCCCUUCACGCCGGCGACUACAGUUUUAAAGAGGAUCUCACGACAACAGAUAAUGGAUUUAUACGAUAUGCAAGAGUUUUCGACACCGGAUGAAUUUUUCGCAAUGAAAGCAACGAGAAUGGGAAAAUUUAGGAAGGGUGGAGUGCCCGACACGCUUGCCGCUGCGCGUAGUAUUCUUGAAGAUUGGAACUCCGGAAAGAUCAGAUAUUAUACGGUACCACCUGAACAACCUGCGUGUCACAUCUCUUCCGAAAUCGUUAAUGAAAUGGCUAAGGAAUUCGAUCUCGAAAGUUUCGCCGCGGAAGAAAGAAUGAUGCUCGACAAUUUCGUGACGGAAUCCGCGAGUAAUCCAACCGUCGCAAAUCCUCUACUGAUCGAUAGUACGGGGCCUGUCACAGCUAUGGAGAUUGAAAUGCAAAAAGAAGCGGAGUACAAAGUGCAGAAGAAAUUAAAGAAAAAAUUACAAGAGACGAAGAAGGAAGUGCCUGCCGAGAGGAAGAAAAAGGUCGAUCCACUUUUCGAGAUUGAAGGCAACCAAAAUCUGGGUAAACUCAUGAAACUUCAAUUAAAGAAGGAAAAGAAGCAACGAGCGAGAAGAGAAAAAGCUGCUAUCAAGCUGGCAGGAGAGCUUGAAAACAUCAACUUUGGUACCGACGAUUACGAUUUCAAGACGGAUUUUACACCUGCAUAAGAUAUUAACAUUCAUCAUCUAUAUUAUAAAUUUAAGCACGGAUGUAUAUACGCGGUAUAUAUAUAUUACUCAAUUUGAUGAUGUGCGUACAUGUAUUAUGUACGUAUGUGUGUGUAAAAGUAACGUAAGUUACAAAUAAUAAAGAUUUAUUUGUUUCAACACAAAA